AUUAUUUACGCGAAAUCUGUAGCUUCAUUUUAUUCACAGCUCAUACGCGAGAAUCUAACGGAGUGCAAUCUGCCGAGCGGUCAGUGCGUGAUUUGCCUGUUCGGGUUUGAGGCAGGGGACGUGUUCAUCAAGACGCAAUGCUACCAUCACUUCCACAGCCAUUGCCUUGCCAACCACCUCAUCUCCGGCAAGAAGUACUACAAGGAAGAGAUGGACAAGCUCCCCAACUGGCAGCAAGUCGAGGCACCGCCGUACCAGCCGUGCUGCCCGGUGUGUCGCUGCGUGUUGUCGUUCGACGCGGACACGCUGAAGAAGGCGCCCCCGCCGGUGGGAUCCAUCAAUGCGGCGCCAUUCCGCGUCACUCCUGAGAUGCUGGCGUUGCAGCGGAAGAUGUCGCUGUUGUUGGCUCGUCAAAUCCGCAGGGGUGGUGUGGUCGGCUCGAGCUCCCCCGGCCCGCGCCCCUUGACUAUCACUACGGCUGCUGAUGCGGUGACUAACGGAUCAUCGCAGGCCUCGCAGGAAGGCAAGUCUGAGGUUGCCGACGGCCAGCUCCCGGGCAACGCUUCCAACGCCGGCUCCGAGCCCGGCUCGCCGCAAGGACAAGGUUAUCGCGGCCCUUACAGGUAACACAAAAUUACACAUACACGCUUUUUAUAGAUAGGUACAUUUAUAUUAAAAACGAGCUGUGGCCCGCAAACUUUCUCGAGUGGUCUACCUUCUAACAGGUUCCUUCUAGUCAAGAUUCACCCGUUCCGGUCGCCAUUUUGAGAGUACGGAAUUAAAAAAAAAAAGCUCAUAAUAUGCCCGUCCAUGUCAGCUACCUUCCAGUGAAAGUUCCGUCAAAAUUGGCCCAACCGUUUCGGAGAAUACUCAAAAAACAAUAC